UUUUGAAUUAUACUUAUAUGUAAAAAGUAAAUGGAGGGUGGUGGAGAUAUAUUGAAGGUGAGUAGUGCACGUUUGAGUAGUUCAAAUGUAUGGAGAAAUAGUGCUAUGGAUGUGUUUUCAAGGUCAUCAAGAGAAGAUUACGAUGAUGAAGAGGCGUUGAAAUGGGCUGCUCUUGAGAAACUUCCAACGUAUCUUCGUAUAAGGAGAGGCAUUCUUAGUGAAGAACAAGGACAAUAUAGAGAAGUUGAUAUAACAAAGCUCGAUUUGGUGGAAAGGAGGAAUCUUUUAGAGAGGCUUGUCAAGAUUGCUGAUGAAGAUAAUGAGAAGUUCUUGUUGAAGCUCAAAAAAAGGAUUGAUAGAGUUGGUUUGGAUCUUCCUACAAUUGAAGUCCGGUUCGAGCAUUUGAAUGUAGAUGCAGAAGCUCGUGUAGGUAGUAGAGCUUUACCAACAAUAUUCAACUUCACAGUUAACAUCUUAGAGGAUUUCUUGAAUUAUCUUCAUAUCCUUCCAAGUAGAAAGAAACCAUUACCAAUCCUUCAUGAGGUCAGUGGAAUCAUCAAACCAGGAAGAAUGACACUGCUUUUAGGACCACCAAGUUCAGGAAAAACAACGUUGCUGUUAGGUUUGGCUGGGAAACUUGAUAAAGAUCUCAAAGUUUCAGGGAGAGUUACAUAUAAUGGUCAUGGGAUGGAUGAGUUUGUGCCACAAAGAACAUCUGCUUAUAUAAGCCAAAAUGAUCUUCAUAUUGGAGAAAUGACAGUCAGGGAAACAUUGGCAUUUUCUGCUAGAUGUCAAGGAGUUGGAGCCAAAUAUGAAAUUUUGGCAGAGUUGUCUAGGAGAGAGAAGGAAGCAAAUAUUAAGCCAGAUCCUGAUGUUGAUAUCUUUAUGAAGUCAGCAUGGAAUGACGGACAGGAGGCAAAUGUUGUAACAGAUUAUACUCUCAAGAUAUUGGGACUUGAAAUUUGUGCUGAUACCAUUGUUGGAGACGAAAUGAUUCGAGGAAUUUCUGGGGGGCAGAGAAAGAGGCUAACAACAGGGGAGAUGAUGGUUGGGCCAGCAAGAGCACUUUUUAUGGAUGAGAUAUCGACUGGUUUAGACAGUUCAACGACCUAUCAGAUUGUCAAUUCAAUUAGGCAGUCAAUCCACAUUCUUCAAGGAACUGCUGUAAUCUCACUUCUGCAGCCUGCACCAGAAACUUAUGACUUGUUCGAUGAUAUUAUUCUCUUAUCAGAUGGGCAGAUUGUGUACCAAGGUCCCCGGGAGAAUGUACUCGAGUUCUUUGAGUACUUAGGCUUCAAAUGCCCCCAGAGGAAAGGAGUUGCUGAUUUCUUACAAGAAGUGACAUCAAGGAAGGAUCAAGAGCAAUACUGGGCACGUCGUGAUGAACCUUAUAAGUUUAUCACAGUGCGCGAAUUUUCUGAAGCAUUUCAAUCAUUUCAUGUUGGAAGGAAGCUUGGUGAUGAGCUUGCUGUUCCCUUUGAUAAAUCCAAGAGCCACCCUGCUGCUCUAACCACCAAGAGGUAUGGUGUUAGCAAGAAAGAACUCUUAAAAGCAUGCACAGCUAGAGAAUACCUUCUUAUGAAGAGGAACUCAUUCGUCUAUAUAUUCAAGAUGAUACAACUAACAUUGAUGGCUACUAUAACAAUGACACUCUUCCUACGAACUGAGAUGCACAGAAAUACAAUGAUAGAUGGUGCAGUAUUCUUGGGUGCACUGUAUUAUGCAGUUAUCAUGAUUAUGUUCAAUGGGUUUUCAGAGCUUGCCCUCAGUAUUAUGAAGCUUCCUUCCUUUUACAAACAACGCGAUCUACUUUUCUUUCCUGCUUGGACAUAUGCUCUGCCUACUUGGAUCCUCAAGAUUCCGAUCACACUUGUAGAAGUUGCUAUUUGGGUGUGUAUGACUUAUUACGUAAUUGGAUUUGAGGCAGACGUUGGAAGGUUCUUCAAACAGCUAUUUCUGCUCAUAUGUCUUAACCAGAUGGCCUCGGGUCUGUUUCGAUUCUUAGCAGCUCUUGGAAGGAAUGUCAUUGUUGCAAAUACAUUUGGAUCAUGUGCACUACUCAUAGUUCUUGUAAUGGGUGGAUUCAUUCUGUCAAGAGAUAAUGUGAAGCAAUGGCUGAUAUGGGGAUACUGGAUUUCCCCUAUGAUGUAUGCACAGAAUGCUAUAGCUGUGAACGAAUUUCUAGGGAAGAGUUGGUCACAUGUUCCUCCGAACUCCACGGGCACAGAUACAUUAGGAGUGUCAUUCUUGAAAUCGCGUGGAAUCUUCCCAGAAGCAAGAUGGUAUUGGAUUGGAGUAGGAGCUCUUCUUGGAUAUGUUUUGCUAUUCAAUUUCUUGUUCACAGUGGCCUUAGCUUAUCUCAACCCAUUUGGUAAACCUCAGGCAGUUCUUUCUGAAGAAACUGUGGCUGAGAGGAAUGCAAGCAAAAAGGGUGAGGUUAUUGAGCUAUCUCCGAUAGGAAAGAGCUCUUCAGAAAGAGGAAACGAUGUUAGGCGAAGUGCAUCUUCCAGGUCUAUGUCCUCAAGAGUAGGCAACAUAACUGAGGGUGAUUUAAACAAGAGAAAGGGAAUGAUUCUUCCUUUUGAACCCCUUUCUAUUACUUUUGAUGAUAUCAGAUAUGCAGUAGACAUGCCACAGGAAAUGAAAUCUCAAGGUUUUAUCGAGGACCGACUUGAACUCUUGAAAGGGGUGAGUGGUGCUUUUAGGCCAGGAGUUUUGACAGCUCUAAUGGGUGUUAGUGGAGCUGGUAAGACCACUCUUAUGGAUGUCUUAGCUGGUAGGAAAACCGGUGGAUACAUUGAAGGAACCAUCAGUAUAUCAGGAUACCCAAAGCAGCAAGAAACGUUUGCUCGGAUAGCUGGAUACUGUGAGCAAACUGACAUUCAUUCACCUCAUGUUACAGUCUACGAGUCAUUGCAGUAUUCUGCUUGGCUUCGACUGCCUCGUGAAGUUGACACUGAAACCCGAAAGAGGUUCAUAGAGGAGGUCAUGGAACUAGUAGAGCUAAAACCUCUAAGAGAAGCACUUGUUGGAUUGCCUGGCGUGAAUGGUCUUUCAACUGAACAACGAAAACGACUUACAGUUGCAGUUGAACUUGUUGCCAACCCUUCUAUAAUAUUCAUGGAUGAGCCAACCUCUGGAUUAGAUGCUAGAGCAGCUGCAAUAGUGAUGAGAACAGUUAGAAACACUGUAGAUACAGGUCGAACGGUAGUCUGCACCAUUCAUCAGCCUAGCAUUGACAUAUUUGAUGCUUUCGAUGAGCUCCUACUCCUGAAACGAGGAGGCGAAGAAAUAUUUGUCGGCCCAUUAGGACGCCAUUCUUCUCACCUUAUUAAGUAUUUUGAGGGAAUCGAUGGAGUUCCGAAAAUCAGAGAUGGUUACAAUCCAGCAACAUGGAUGUUGGACAUAACUUCAGUAGCACAAGAAACAGCUCUUGGAGUUGACUUUACUGAAUUGUACAGGAACUCAGAAUUGUAUAGGAGAAACAAAGCUUUAAUCAAGGAACUAAGUGUGCCAGCCCCAGGUUCAAAAGACCUCUACUUUCAAACUAAGUAUUCUCAGUCUUUCUUCACCCAAUCCAUGGCUUGCUUCUGGAAACAGCACUGGUCGUACUGGCGAAAUCCUCCUUACACAGCAGUCAGGCUCUUGUUUACAUUCUUCAUUGCUCUCAUGUUUGGAACAAUAUUUUGGGAUCUUGGCUCCAAAAGGAGAAGGCAACAAGAUAUUUUGAAUGCAAUAGGUUCAAUGUAUGCCUCUGUCUUGUUUCUUGGUGUACAAAAUGCUACUUCAGUGCAGCCAGUCGUUGCUAUUGAGAGGACAGUUUUCUACAGGGAAAGAGCUGCUGGAAUGUAUUCAGCUCUGCCUUAUGCUUUUGGACAGAUUAUGAUUGAGCUGCCAUACAUUUUCAUCCAGACAAUCAUAUAUGGUGUUAUAGUCUAUGCCAUGAUUGGAUUUGAAUGGACAGUUGCCAAGUUCUUUUGGUAUCUGUUCUUCAUGUACUUCACCUUGUUAUACUUCACAUUGUACGGGAUGAUGACAGUAGCCGUUACUCCUAAUCACAGCAUUGCAGCCAUCGUUUCAUCUGCAUUUUAUGCAGUAUGGAAUCUUUUCAGUGGAUUCAUCGUUCCAAAAACAAGAAUGCCAGUGUGGUGGAGAUGGUACUAUUACAUUUGCCCGAUUUCAUGGACAUUAUACGGACUAAUUGCCUCACAGUUUGGAGACUUACAAGACAAAUUGGAAACAAAGGAAACAGUGGAAGAAUUCAUAGAGAGUUUCUUCGAUUUCAAAUACGAUUUUGUGGGAUAUGUUGCAGUCAUUCUAGUUGGAAUAUCAGUUGUUUUUCUCUUCAUUUUUGCUUACUCAAUCAAAGCAUUUAACUUCCAGAAAAGAUAGGUUGGUUCUGGUAAAAGGGCUUUGUCAAGAAAUGUGUAUAUUAGGACA